AUGGCAUCUCACCCAUCAUCUCUGGAGCCCAUUCCAGAGCAUGAAGCAAUUAUCUUGGUCUCCGACUACAAUCAACUGAUGGUAUUGAACCCAGCACCCUACAGGAAGAGACGACCCUCGUUCUCGAUUUUGAAAUGCUCUCACCCGGACUGCAUUGCAUACCCAUCCUCAAGGAGAGCCAUUUUCUGCCGAGUAGUGCAGCGACCUCUCUGGGCACUGAUUUUCAUCAUUGGUAUCCUCACCGUUGCAUGGCAAUGUUUCCUUAUUCUGUUUCGACCUGAUCUCACGUUGGCCAUUUUCCCCGGUGAACGCUCCUCAUGGUUUUCCAACUCAUCUACCCACGGUGUCACCCCCGUAUCAUGCCAUUCGCACAACGACUACUGGCGUCACGUUCCCCUACACUCAGCACUUCGUGCAGGAUGUACCAGUGUCGGGGUUGACGUCUGGCCAUGGGGAGAUGAGGUUCUAGUCGGCCAUUCACGUUCCACAGUCCUCCGGGGAACACUACAGAGCCUCUACCUUGACCCGCUACUGGAGAAGCUCGACACACACAAUGCAAUUGCUUCUCGCAACUGGCCGAACGUCACGAGCAAGGAAAUGGUCGGGGUGUUUCCUAAUGAACCAAAGCAAACUCUGGUCUUGGUGAUUGAUUGCAAAACCGAGGGUGAUCGGAUCUGGCCUCUUCUUGUUGAACAGCUGAACCCGUUUCGUGAGAAGGGCUAUCUGACUCAUUUUAAUGGCUCUGAUGUUGUAUACGGCCCGAUUACUGUCGUCGCCAGCGGAGACGCGCCUUUCCACAUGAUCUUGGAUAAUACGACGUAUCGCGACGUCUUUUACGAUGCGCCUCUUGGCAACUUGACCUUUCCCACCGAGAUCACGGCAGAUGACACCAAAUCAGUGGAUUCCACAUAUAACCCAUCCAACAGCUAUUAUGCAUCAGCAGACUUCCGCGAGGUUAUUGGGCCCCUCUCUCUUAGCCGUCUGUCGGACGUUCAGCUCGCCAUUCUUCGGAGUCAAGUACGUACAGCUCACAAGUUGGGACUAAAGGUUCGGUACUGGGGAACUCCCACCUGGCCGGUUGGACUGCGGAACCAUGUUUGGCAUGUACUUGUGCAUGAGGGCGUGGAUGUGAUAAAUACAGAUGAUUUGCGCGGUGCAACUGCGCAGUAUUGGAAAGCCUCACCACUGGUGGCAGUGGUGGAUAUAACACGAUUUAUGCAGAAUAUUACGUUGAUUCUAAAGUAA